CUCAUCUUUUACAUACUCGACGGCCGGCCCUGGACCCAGGUCGCGCGCGCUGAGCGCCCGUGUAUGCACCCUGCUCGAUUGAUUACAAACGAGCUCAUACCGUAUGCCAGCUCCGCUGUCGAUCUCAGCAAUGCACUGAAAAGCCUGGCUCGUGGGGAUAGCCAUAAUGAGAACCUGUACGAGAAUAUCCUCAAGCCAUGCCUACUUCACAGAACGUCUAUACACGCCAACAGCCACACAGCAUCUGGUCAUCAACCGAAGCUAUGCACCGUCGAAGUUCAGUUCCACGAACACGGGCGUUUCCCGGUACCCGACUUCUUCAGCGCUAUAGGUCGACUGCUCUCAUCGGCAUCCCUUUCGUCUCGGCGGUUGAAUACGGCUCAGCGAAUAGAGCUCCUCGCGGCGCACGCGAAGUUGUGCAAACUGUCCGCCCCGCUCGUGCAAGCGCGUGCGCCUACGACCGUGCAGAUCCUCUGGACCGAAAACAACAGACUCGACACACGGAUUGCCCUGGGAUCGAGUCUGGCGUGGGUGAAAGACCGCGAGCUGUUCCAGAUGGCGCGCGCCGUGAGGCGGCAGACGCUGGCCGAUUUGUGGAGCAGCGCGCUUGCCACGCCUACACCGAUGCAGCGCGUGUUUCCUGCCUCGAAUAAUGGCGCGUUUGGGUCUUGCUGGGGCGAUUGCGCAGAGGCGAAUACAUUGGCCGCACUUUGGCGCUCAGUGCAGUCUGGGACACCGUUAGGCACACUCGCGUUUAAUGUCGCUUCUCUCAACGCCGUGCACGAACGUUCUGGCCAGAGCGCUUGCGAUGUGAUUCUCUCGUGUUCCAACCCUAACCCAGACCACCUGUUCUCCGUCUUGAAGCACGCCAACGCGCUGCGGCCAAUGUGUAGGAAUUGCCUCCAUUUGAAGGAUGCUCUGUCGGCCAGAAUCGUCGAUUUCGCCAUCGUGGAAUCUCAUGUGACAGCUCAAAAUUCGAUCCACCGGGAGGAUCGUCAUAUCCAGGCCAGCAGGCAGGUGGCUUUAGCGUAGCAGGAAGGUGCAGGAGUCGUGGAAGACGUUCACCGCGUUAGUCUCCGUGACUGAUUCCCUCGACUCACUGGGCUUGCGAAUUCUUUCACAGUUUCAGAAGCAUCAUGCCACGCUUCAAAGAAACUGGGAUUCGGCCGACGUCGAUUUAACCGAAUAGAGGGAUACCCCCAUAUCACUAAGCGCCCUGUCAGGUACCCUGGUCUGCCUCCUGGAUCGAUCAUCCAGCAUAGGGUUACAUUAUAUUGCGUGUCGCAGUGACCUCACACCUCACCUCGCCUUGCACUCGCGUUCCCGUUAGACACGCUUGUCAUCCCAUAGCCUCUACCUCCAAUCACCAUCCGCAUAGAGCUCUUCACAGUUUCAGAAACCUGCGAUGAGUUCCUGGCUCAACUACUUCCCCGAACUCUCCGGUCGAUCUACGUACUCAUGCUCAAUCAAGUGCGGAAUCGCGUAGACUUCUUGCACAAAGGUAAAUUUAGUGUGUGGCUGCCUCCACUGUACCUCGUGCUCGACAAGUCCCGCUUCAAAAAGCCCCGCAAUGGUGCCGCUGCAUCCCCUCCCUCUCCAACCAUGUCCUUCCAAACUCUGUCGCCGCCCUCAUAUCCUCUGCUACCUGAGCCGUCCGACCUGCUGCGUCCGCCGAGAGCGUGCGGCUGCCAGUGCCUCGCACGCUGUCGCUGUGCCUGCUCUUGCUACGCGCACUGCCUGUGUCAGGCCACGUGCGCAGGCGGCUGCACCCUUGCAAGGAACCUGGUGGUGUUUCUGGACGAAGCGGGGAGGCAGGUGUGCGGCCGGUUCCAUCCGACUACUCACCCCGGUGGUUCUGACGGCGGCGCGCUUCGUGGCAGUUUGCCAGCGCAUUUCAGUCAUUCCAUAAGCGUGUCUCGACGGACACCGUAUCGAGUCAGUUGAGCUAUUACGAUCGUGUGCCUGCAAAGCGAGUGUUAUCGCGCGGUCGGGACCGGUAUGUCUGCUCGUUUCGUCAGCCAGGAUGAAUGCAGACUAGCUUCGGCAAUCAAGCAGCAAGCCUGUGGUCAAGGCAUACCAAUGGCUCUGCCAACAUUAUCAACCCGGCGAUCGACUGUUUCUCUUGGGAGGGUGUCACGCGGAGGUCUUGGCGGCCAUGGUCGACAAGCUCGGUCUAGUUUAUGCAAGCAAUCCAGGAUCGAUCGCUUCAGCAUAUCACGUGUUCAAGUCUGCUCUCAGGGGAGAUGAUGCCGAUGCGGCCCUGUUCAAAGCGAGCUACUGUCAAGCCGUAAAGGUCCAUUUCGUCGGGGUCUGGUACAGGCAAUAGUUCCCAUAUUUAUGCCUUCCAGUUACCAAUGAUCUUUCAGGGACCCCGACUAUGACUGUUCACCCCUUGCAGCUGGAAGCGCAUUCAACAUCAAUUCCUGCGUCGUCCGUCGUGCACUCAUCCUCAGCACGGGGCAAGGCUUCACCGAUACUAGCCUCAGCGACACGACGUCGCGGUCUGCCAAUGCUACAAACGCCCCGGACGUCGUGGAGCCGCACAGUGCAGAGUCGAGCCUGCGCAUGCCAUCAUCCUGUGGCUGGAUGAGCUACGUGCGACAGGCUCUGCUGAUCCGCUUCUGGCCACGGCUCUCGCGGAGACGGCGCCGUCGGUGCCCGGAGGCCCAUCAGCCCCAACCCGAAACCGAUCUGGCCAUGAGGAACGACGUGAAAGAGGUGUGGUUCGCGGGGGAUGCUGAGUCUGUUGCUGUGCUCUGUCGGAUCAGCUGGGCGCUGAUAUUGUUCCCCUCCUUCUCGCGUAUAGCGGCGGCGGUGACAACACGUUUGACUGGCGCUGCGCUCCUUUGAUGUGGAUGCAAGUGCAGGCUGCUUCGGCCGGACUGAUUUUGACCGACGCGAGGAGCACCUUGUCCUCGACGCCUACUCCGAAAUCCGGUCGGUCUGCCCCGAGAAUUCGACGAUUGCCCAAAAAUCUCAAUCAACCUCCGAAACAAAUCUCUCCCAAUCAGCUCCUCCAUAUAUCGAUGGCACUGCAGCCUGCGUCAUAUCGUCCCUCUGGCUCGUUUGAUUCGUUUUGGGCUACCCAUUGGCAGGACUUCGUGGGCCGGAAUGUCACAGACAUCGAUGCAGCAUGGCUGUCCCGAUAUCAAGCCAAAGUAGAUUUCGAGGUGUUCAGUCCUUCCGAGGUCAAGGACGUUAUACGAACCCUCAUGGCGAAAGACGAAUUCACUGCAGACGACGAUCUGUUUCGGCGAUUGACGCUGAUGGCGCUAUCUGGGGAUCUCGCCGAGUCGUAUCCCAGCGCGCCCUGUCUCAGCUGGGUGGAGAUGGAAGAGAUCGUGGUGUUUCUCAAGCGGCUGGCGGCUCGGUAUCCAGAAUUGUUCCGCUCGCAGCUCGCGUCUUUUCUGGAAUGCCAGGGCCGACAUUCUUCAUGCACGACAAGUCGGGCGGAGAGGCUGUUCGAGAACGCGCUCGAACUACGGCGCCGCGCGACUGAAACUGAGUUUGCGCGAUACCAGCUGGCGCAUUCUCUCAUCCGCUUCGGCUCGCACGCGCUCUCCGUGGGCAAAUCCCAGAAAGCCGUCUACUUCUUCGACGAAGCCACGGACAUCCUCAAGUCGGCCUUUUCCGGUCUCGCAGUGGGAUCCGAGGGCGCUACGGCCGCAUGCCGGGCGAUCUUCUCGCUCUUCCAGCUCAUGCAGCAGAAUUUCGCGCGCUGUGUGCGCGAUCUGGGACAGGACACCUCGGUGCUGAGGCUCUCCGAGCGCAUCAUCCGGCUGGCGCACGCACUCAGGGAGGCGGGCUGGGGCUGGCCGAGCGACGCGGUGCUCGCGGGCGCGCGGCACGACUUUGCGUUCGGUCUGUCGCGCGGGCCUGCCUCGGCGGCGCGCGAGCUCUGGGCGGCGGAGGAGGCGGUGGACAGCUUCCGUGUGCUUGCGCGGCGGCGCCCGGCGUGGUUCGUCGUGAGGUUCGAGACGGCGUUGUAUAAUUUCUCGGUCCGGCUGCUCCAGGCGGGGCAGUACGAGGAGGCGCUGCGGAUCUCGCUGGAGGAGUCGAGCUUUCUGGGAAACGAGUGCAAUGACACGUUGGUCGGCGAGCGUUCCGAUGACGCCCUCGCGAGAUCCUGGACUCAGGAAGCGAGGUGUUACGUGGCAGCUGGCAAUCUGGUGGAAGGGAUUGCCUCUGCGAAGAAAGCCGUGGCUGCUCGUCGCGCCUCUCCGGGUUCUGAUCCGUCAUGCCUAGUGGAAGCGCUGCACGUCCUGUCCAUCGGCCUCUGGCUUCUCCCUGGCUACUCGGCCGAAGCACUGGGGGUUUGCCGCGAGGCUUUGGAUCUCCAGCGGCAAUCGAGCGAAAGUCGAGCAUCGCUGUCGUAUCGUCGGAUUCUCGCUGUUCUACUGCACAAUUUCGCAAAAUGUUUGUUGGAGGAGGGACAACAUGACGAUGCUUUGGAGGCAGCGAAGGAGGUGUUGCAGCUGACGUCCAAAUUCGGCGGGUCGAACGAAAGCGACGUCGCGUUUGCGAUGAGCUUUGCCGCGCGGUGCACGACGAUGUCAGGGAAAUCCGGCUCUGGGAAUGAGAUGGCCGAGAAAUGCCUGACCCUGGCGUAUGGAAUCGCCGUCGCAGAGUACCCGUCGAGGAUCGAUCUGCUGCCCAUCGAGAUACAGCUCGCCGAGACGCUCUUCUCCGCGUCGUUCUCGAUCAAGGACGUCACGAAGUCGAUCCAGGCGGCCGGCGACGCCGCGGCGAUCUACGGCAAGAUCGUGGACAGCCACAGCGCGCUGUCGCUGAGAGUCGCGCUGGUGAGAACGUGGCUGCGGCUGGGCGCUGUGCUGGCGUCCGAGGAGCGGUACGACGAGGCGCUGGUCGUCUCGGUCGAGGCUGUCGACACAGCGCGCGGACUGGGCCAGGCGCAGAGUGCGUGGCUGCCCAGUGCGCUCUAUGGGCUCGCCAUCUGUCUCGCCGGCGUGGGGGAUUUUGACAAAGGCGAGGCCAGUGCGCGGGAAUGCCUGGGUAUGCGCAGGGCGCAGAUAGCAGAUCCGGGCGUGGAUCAGCCCAAUUCAAGCGCAAGCUCACCGAAGAUCAGGAAAAACUACGCGGACGCGCUGCUGCUCGUGUCUUCCUUUCCUUCUCAGACACCGGACACGAAUCUGCUGUACAUCCGGGAGGCCAUCCUCAUCUAUCGCGCGCUUUUAUCGGAAUCAAAGCCCGGGGGCGUCCAGCACGCAAGCUUGUCGCACCGGCUGAUGGACGCGCUGCAGAAUCUGGCGGUGAAGGCGUUGAUGGCCGGGAGCCGCGAGGAGGCGCUCGAGGCUUCAGAAGAGGCUGUGGCCAUCGCGACGGAUAUGCGCUCCGAGCAGGUACUGGUGAAUGUGCUCUACAUGCACGCCAAUGCUCUCUGCGAGCACGGCAGAUUCGGAGAGGCCGCCGAGGCCGUCGAGAACGCUGAUGAUAUCUUCGCGCCGAGUGAGAGAGGCGAAGCUGGGGCGGUCUUCAAGAGCAUCCGCGCGAGAUAUCUUAUCGGCGUUAAUCGGCUGGCGGAUGGACUUGUCCAGAUCUUGGAGGGUCUGGAUCUCUAUAAAGGGGCGGUCGACUCGGACCUGACUCUCCUCGAGCUCGAGUCCUUCACCUGGUUUCUCUUCAACAUAUGUACCUCGAUUAGAGACGUGAGUGAUGCGGACAUAGACCUCUCCGAACUCGCCGACGAGGUUCUGGAUCUGGUGCGCUGCAUCAACUUGGUCCAGUCCCCAUCGGCGAGAUCGCGCUUCGAAACAUGUCUGAAGAGCGUAUCGCAGUGGCGAUCCAGUUUCAGCUGGCCACGAACAUGAGUAUCCGGACGGCUGGCAGCUCCGAAUGGUAUUCAACAUUAUUUACAUACAAGAAUGAAAGAGUCUGUCACAUGAGUAAAUUACAGUAAUUAUGUAGAGUAUGCUUUUGCCUCGUUAUAUUAAGAUUAUCAUGUUAUA